UUCGUUGAUAGUUUGUUGUUAUUUCUCCGAGUGUAAGAGCGCUGCGCUUUAGUGCGCACUUUUAUUCCCGCGGAGGAGUAACUUUAUCACGGCUCUUCCGCCAGCCGCAGCGCGUGAGAGACACACAGAGGAGCUAAAUAGAGUAAUAUUAUAGAAUUAGCUGAUUAAUUCGUGUCGAAAUGAGUUUAGCCAGCAGCAGAGAGCAGCGCAGCACCGCGGGAAACCGCAUGUCCAAACUACUGGACGCAGAAGAAGAAGAUGAGUUCUACAAGACAACAUACGGAGGAUUCAAUGACGAGUCUGGAGAUGAUGAGUACAGAGGAGAUCACUCAGACACUGAAGACGAGGUGGACAGUGAUUUUGACAUCGAUGAAGGAGACGAACCCGACAGCGAUCAGGAAGACGAUGCUCCUCGCAGAAAGAGCCGCGUGGUCACUAAAGCAUACAAGGAGCCGCUGAAGGUCUCGAAGCCCAAAGUGAAGCGAGUUUCUGAAGAAUUAAAGACUGAACGGCCUAAAGUGGAAAGACGCACCUUUCUAGAGCUGGAGGAGUUUGGAGAAAUGCGUAAGUCGGUGCGUAAGUCCACGAGCGAGCACACGCGGCAGACGAACGAGCGUCUGCAGGAGCGUCAGCUGGAGGCACCGCGCAAGAGGAGAGGAGCUCUGAGCGAACGAGUGCUGACACAAGACGAGCUGCUCGCAGAGGCCAAACUCACCGCUGAGAGCAACCUGAGAUCACUGGAAAACUACGAGCGUUUAGAGGCUGAUAAGAAGAAGCAGGUUCAUAAGAAGAGACGGUUUGAAGGGCCGAGCAUCCGCUAUCAUUCAGUGCUGAUGCCGCUCAUCCCAGACGCACACAUGAAGGAGGAGAACGUGGAUGUGGAAGGGCUGGACCAGGACAUGCCCCAAGCCACACCCACUUCUUCAUCCUCCGCUCAGGGGGCGGGGUCUCUGUGCUCUCGCACAUACAUCACCUUCAGCGACGAUGAGGCGUUUAGCUCCGCCUUCCCGCCGGCGGCUCGCUCUAGCCCCGCCCAACCUGUUCAGGAGGUGUGUCCUGUUACCCAUAAACCCGCUCUGUAUCGCGACCCUGUGACGGACAUCCCCUACGCCAACGCCCGAGCCUUCCGGAUCAUCCGCGAGGCUUACCAGAAAUACAUCGCGGCGCACGGUUUUCCCAACGCUUCUGGAAGCUUCAGCGGCAACAGUGGCGUGAGUGUUUCACCGGCAGCGACCGCCAAGAGCACACGACCGAAAGCCGUCGUCAAACACACCGUAGUCACCACCUAGAUGCACCUUAACGACUGCUUUUGAGUGUUUAAUUCCACAUGACUCAGUGUUGGAGGACAUUUUUUGAUAAAUUCAGGCAAAACUGUCAGAAUGAACACUUUGUCAACAUGAACUAGCAAUGAACAAUACUUCCGCAUUUCUGUAUCUUAAUGUUAAUUUCAACAUUUACUAACAUUAACUAAUACAUAGAUUAAUAAAUGCUGAAAAUUGCUCAUUGUUAGUUCAUGUCAACUAAUGUGAACAAAUGAGACCGUAUUGUAAAGUGUUACUGUACAGGUCUCAACUGAAUCACAUUCAGUGAUUCAAAGCUUCUUUGACUGAGUGACUCUGAACGACUCGGAUCCGCUGAUGGAGGACCGAUUCAGCUGUUGAUUUAUGAUCACAUCACCAGCACUGGCUCUGUUCAUUUUCUGAUUUCUUCUUUUGUAUUUUCCAGGGUUUUAGUCCAAAAAUGGCAAUAAAAAUGGCAAUAAAGAACUCAAGAGUGAUUACCUC